AUGGAGAAGCCAGAAUCGACAUGGUCAAAACAUACUGUUCGAAAAAUUUAUGGAACAUAUUCGUCUUAUGCAGUGGCAAGACAAAAAUUGAUACAAGCUGAAGAAGAAUCUGAUCUUACAUCGAAUACCGAAAAAGAAGAAUAUCGUAAAAAGUCUAGAAAAGAUAGAGUCGCUAAAAACAUGGAGACAGCAAGUAGCAAUACUGAACUAUCAGAUGAUAGUAUUAUAUCAGACAUUCCAGAAGUACCAAAAAUUUCCAAUAAAAGUACACAUACGAAGAAAGAUGUACAAGAAAAUUUCGAUGACAGAUGUAAAAAACAAUAUCAGAGUAUAGAGAAAGAGAGGAGAAAGCUACAUAGAGGAGAAAAAGAUUUUCUGAAUAACAGACCUAUCCGCCCAAAACGGAAACACUGGGCAGCCAGACGUUGGCGUCAGAGACAGAAUCGGCGGGCACGGGAGGAAUUGAACCGCGUCUAUCAACAGCUCCUCGAGUCGCAACUCUCCUCUCCUACCACCCCUCUCGAAGAACCUUGUGUUCCUCGACUCUCCUCUCCUAUCACCCCUCUCGAAGAACCUUGUGUUCCUCGACUCUCUUCUUCUAUCACCCCUCUCGAAGAACCUUGUGUUCCUCGACUCUCCUCUCCUAUCACCCCUCUCGAAGAACCUUGUGUUCCUCGACUCUCCUCUCCUACCACCCCUCUCGAAGAACUCAGUGUUCCUCGACCCUCAUCUCCUCUAACCACCCCACCUCCUGUUUUUCCUAUUUAUUCCCCUAUUAGCUCCCCCGAACCUGAAGAAACUCCACCCCCACCUUCUCCAACACCCUCCAUAGAACUUAUAGAAGAAUUUGAACGAAUCUCACCCCGGCCCCGUUUUUAUCAUUAUGACGGAACGCAAACAUCAUUAAUUGAACUCUUAGAACAGUUUCCGUUGAAAAUAGACCCCUUAUUGCAAAAUUACCGCAAUUUCGCAAUCGACCUGGACGCCAUAGAUCCGGAAGUUCUAUUAGAUAUCCUUCCUGCACUUGCUCCCUCAGAUCCCAGUCUUCACUCCCCUUUACUAUGA